UAUUCACUUGGGAGGCCGUAUUGUUUUGUGCCCAUUGUCCCCCCGCUGACCCCUGCCAGCCCCCGGGGGCCUCGCGCUGCUAGAAGCUCUCGGAGCCGGAGCAGCCGGCGAGGGGGAACCGAAAAGCCGCGGAACCAGAGGCGAGGGAGCAGGGCGGGCGGAGGAAGGACGAGAUGGGAACCGGCAGGCCUAGCUCCGAGGCGGCGGCGGCGGCGGCGUGGGCAUGGAGGCCCUGCGCGUCCUGGAGCUGUACAGCGGCAUUGGAGGCAUGCAUCAGGCGCUGAGAGAAAGCUGUAUACCUGCACGAGUGGUGGCUGCCAUUGAUGUGAACACUGUCGCUAAUGAAGUAUACAAGUAUAAUUUUCCUCACACACAGUUACUGGCCAAGACAAUUGAAGGCAUUACGCUAGAGGAGUUUGACAAAUUGUCUUUCAAUAUGAUUUUAAUGAGCCCUCCCUGUCAACCAUUCACCAGAAUUGGCCUGCAAGGUGAUGUGACUGAUCCAAGGACGAAUAGCCUCUUAUAUGUUCUAGGUAUUCUCCCAAGAUUACAAAAAUUACCGAAAUAUAUUCUUUUAGAAAAUGUUAAAGGCUUUGAAGUAUCUUCUACAAGAGACCUGUUAAUACAAGCAUUAGAAAAUUGCGGUUUUCAGUACCAAGAAUUUCUAUUAUCUCCGACCUCUCUUGGCAUUCCAAAUUCAAGGCUCCGGUAUUUCCUUAUUGCAAAGCUUCAGUCAGAACCAUUACCUUUUCAAGUCCCUGGUCAGGUACUGAUGGAGUUUCCCAAAAUUGAAUCUGAACAUCCAGAAAGAAAUACAAUAGUUACAGAAAAUAAAAUUGAAAGAAAGAAAAUUGAACCUAGUAUUUGCUUUGAUAAGAGCAGACAACGUUCUGGAAAAGAGGCCAUUCUAUUUAAGCUUGAAACUGUAGAAGAAAUUGACCGGAAACAUCACCAGGACAGUGAUCUCUCUGUGCAGAUGCUAAAAGAUUUUCUUGAAGAUGAUAUUGACGUGAAUCAGUAUUUUUUACCGCCAAAGUCGUUGCUGCGAUACGCUCUUUUGUUAGACAUUGUUAAGCCCACUUGCCGAAGGUCCACAUGCUUUACCAAAGGUUAUGGAAGCUAUAUAGAAGGGACGGGAUCUGUGUUACAGACGACAGAGGAUGUGCAGAUUGAGGAUAUCUACAAAUCCCUUACCAAUUUGUCACAAGAAGAAAAGAUAACAAAAUUGUUAAUGCUUAAACUUCGAUAUUUCACUCCUAAAGAAAUAGCAAAUCUCCUUGGAUUUCCUUCAGAUUUCGGAUUUCCUGAGAAGAUAACAGUGAAACAGCGUUAUCGUCUACUUGGAAAUAGUCUCAAUGUGCAUAUAGUAGCUAAACUAAUCAAAAUCCUAUAUGAAUAAUUUAAAAUGACUCUGAAAGAUGGGCACAUUAUUUCUUCAUAUCCAGAUGGUAAUUCUGAAAUUCUAUUUUGCAUUGAUUUUGAUGAAAUUCAACCCAACUACCUUUAUCUCUUUAAAAAGAAAUUUGGAUUUAUCAUAAAAAUGACAGUUUUUUUCCUGAAUUUAUAUUGCUAUAUUUUAUAAAGCAGAAAUUAUUAUUAUGCUUUAGGAGAAUAUAUUUUCAUAUGAAGUUGCUAAAUGUACACAUAAAAUAUUCUUUUUAAUAUUAUGGUAUCGACAAAUUUAGGAACAUUGGAGUUUGUCUACAUGAGUAUCUUAUGAAGUGUCAUGACAGGCAUAGUAUAGUGAACCUGAGAUAUUAUGUUUUUGUAUGUUAAUUAAACAAAUUGCUUUAUGAAUCCUAUCAUUUUUUUGGUAGAUGAUUAAUUCCUCAUUCUAAAAUGAUGAUUCUAAUUCUGGCCUGUUUCAAACAUUGAAUGUUUUACUUAAUUCCAAUCCUUUAAACAUUUCUUAAUUGCAUCUAAACAAAUGCAUAUAAUAUUUUAAAACAAAUUGUCAUCAUUCAGCAUUUAUACAACAGUCUGAAGAAAAUGUCAGAAAAAUAAUCCUAAUUUCUUGAUUACCUCUCCAUUGGAAGCUACAGAAGAUGUAGGUACACAUUAUCUGAUUAUCUUUAAUUCUAUCUCCAUCUGAGCUGUGAAACUUCACUGUCCCUUCUUCAUUUGUAAAUAACUUUCCUUCAGUUUGCUAUCAUCAGAGCUUGCUUUUGUCUUCCUUGUGCACUUCUUGUAACUUAAAUUUUCCAUCACCUUCUAAGGAUGUAGCAUGACAUUCAGAUUUUAGGGAGGAAUAUCUGCCCUCUGACCCCAAUUCAUAUGACUGUUCUGUGACUUAGCUUUUUAAACUUUCGCUUUCUCUCUCAGUAGAGUUCUUGGAAUUAGGGUUUCUAAUCAGACUCUUGUAUCAUAAAUCCUGUGAUUUUGAUUUCAGUUAUAAAAGCAAGUGACAAAAAGAAGAAAAUUGAGAAGAAAUAAGACCAGAAAUUGUAUCACAAAAUAAAAAUGAUAUUUUUAUUCUUAAAAGAAUCAUUUUGAUGUGGAGAAAUUGGAACCCUGUGCACUGCUGGUGGAAAUACAAAAUGGUGCAGCCACUGCAGAAAAUAGAUGAUGA